AUGUCCGUCUGGAACCCGGAGAACGUCAUCGACGUAGCAGAGUCGAUAGGAAUCGCUUCACUACCUCGUGAUGUCGUCGAGCACCUCGCGCGCGAUGUCGAGUUUCGAAUGGCCCAGGUGGUGGAGGAGGCGCUGAAGUUCAUGCGGCACUCCAAACGAACCACCCUUACCACACAAGACAUCUCACAAGCACUACGACUACUCGAAGUGGAACCCCUCUACGGGUACGAAUCAACACGACCACUGCGCUUCGGCGAGGCUUCGAUAGGACCAGGCCAGCCGCUGUUCUACGUGGAAGAUGAAGAGGUGGACUUUGAGAAGCUCAUCAAUGCGCCGUUGCCGAAAGUCCCACGUGAGAUGAGCUUCACGGCGCACUGGCUGGCGGUGGAAGGUGUGCAGCCUACAAUACCUCAGAAUCCCUCACAAGCAGACCAGCGGAACCAAGAGCUGUCUGCGAAGGGACCAGGCGCAAACUCCACCCUGGCUGCGAUGAGCGGCAACGACAAUGUCUCGGUCAAGCCACUGGUGAAGCAUGUGCUGUCGAAGGAGCUACAACUCUAUUUCGAACGCACAUGCAGCGCCAUCUUCGAAGAGAACAACGAGGAGUACCGCGCGGCCGCCUUCGCUUCGUUGCAGACCGAUCCUGGCCUACACCAACUGGUCCCCUACUUCGUGCAGUUCGUGGCCGACAAAGUCACCCACAACCUCUCCGCACUUUUCGUCCUUACACAGAGCAUGAUGUUGAUCUCCUCACUACUGGAGAACCCGAGCUUGUACCUUGCGCCCUACAUCCCGUCACUUGUCCCCUCCGUCUUGACCUGCGUGCUCGGCAAACGUCUCGGCUCGCCAUCCCAGGACGGCGCUACGACGCACUUUGCGCUCCGCGACUAUGCAUCCAGCUUGCUCGCAAAUGUCACACGGAAGUACGGCAGCACAUCUUCCACGCUCAAGCCAAGGAUUGCCCGCAGCUGCCUAAAGCAUUUCCUGGACUCACACAAGCCACUUGGAACCCACUACGGCGCGAUUUUGGGAUUGACCACUGUUGCUGGUGCGGAGAGUGUGCGUGAGCUGAUUCUGCCGAAUUUGAGAGCGUACAGCGAAGGAGUGCUUCAAGAUGCAAUUAAAGACGAUGGAAAGAGGGAGCAGGCUGAGCAUGUUGUAGAUGCCAUCAUGAAGGGGGUGAGGUUGCUGGAUGAGAAGGAGUUGGAUCAAGAGGCGCUGGGGGACGUCGUGUGGCAGAGGGUGCAGGAAGCGGGAAUGGUGUGA